AUGCUGGUUAGUGCUGAAAAGCAAAUCCCUAAGAAACCUAAAAAAGAAGUUCUUAUUAUUCAUAAGGGAAAGGGGUUCAAAAAUAAGGGGAAAAAGGCUUAUGCCAAGAGCAAGGGAAAGCAAGUUGCCAAGGCUCCUGAGAAGCCUAAGGCGAGUCCAAAACCCAAGGCUGCAAGCGAAAGUGAAUGCUUUUACUGUAAGAAGAAGGGGCAUUGGAAACGCAAUUGCCAGAAAUACCUUGACUUCCUUAAGAAGAAUAGAGCAUCAACCUCAGUUGCAUUGCUUAACAUUAUCAAUGUUGUGCAGGAAUUGCAAGUAAGUGAGGCUAGCAUGGAAAUGGAGCUUGAAGGUGCACUAGAAGUAUUUGUGUGGCCAGAAAUAGCUUCAUAG